AUGGUCAACGACAGCAAGUCCAAGCGGCCCAAGGGGAAGCCCAUCAGCUUGAAGAUGGCCCAGAACUGCCUGGAGCUGACCAAGGAAGGCAAACGCUUCCUCAAUCUCAGCUUCAAGGAGAUCACCAGCGUCCCCAAGUGUGUGCAGAAGCUGCCCGAGCUGGACCAGCUGGACCUGAGCCGGAACCUCAUCCGCAAGAUGCCGGACUUCAUUGAGUGUUUCGCCAGCGUCACCGUGCUCGACCUGCACAGUAACUAUCUGGACGAGGUGCCGGUCACCAUCGGUCGCCUCCAAAACCUGCUCAUUCUUAACCUGUGCAACAACCGGCUGACCUUCCUGCCGGAGGAGAUUGGCCUCCUCAAAAAACUCCUCACUCUGUAUCUGAGCAUGAACCAACUGAGCUCUCUACCGGCCUCUAUUGGCAACCUGAAGGAACUGCGGCACCUGGGCCUCUCUGACAACCGCUUCACCCAACCCCCCCGCUGCCUGGCGCGCCUGGACAAGCUGCAGAGGGUCAACCUGGACCGCAACCCGCUCAGGCUAACGCAGACGCAGGAGCCGCUUCCAGAGGGCAUCAUACCCGUGACCUCCAAGUAUCUGAUGGUGACGGAGAGCGAGCUGUGCCAGGACUGUCUGAGCAAGUGCCAGGACCAGAGGAGGAGGCUGAAGGAGGCGGAGGAGCAGAGAGACACAGCCACAGAGGAGACGGGAGAGACGGCCACAGACAGAGACGACCACAGAGAGAGCAAAAUAAACAAGGAGUCGUGA